AUGCCCUGGAAACCCCUACCUCGCAUUGCGUUCGCCGUUGCGGUCUAUCCCUUCCAGCCGUCGUCGCCCGCAGACCUUCCCCUCGAGCUCGGAGAUGAGCUCUACAUAAUCGAACAGGGCGGUGCCAGCGGCGAAUGGUAUCGAGGGUACCUGGUCGCGCCGCCCUCGCUGCUGGCCGGCCUGACGAGCAUUCGCGGACAGACGCUGGAGGCCCGUGUCUUCUCUGGAAUAUUCCCCAAGAACUGCGUCGAGGUUCGAGAAGUGCUCGGAGAUGCAGACGAGAGGCUGCGGGAGAGCACAGGGACGCUGCUCAAUGGCGAUUCGCGCUCAAUUGGUGCUGUGUCCCCCGAGAAUGGCCAGCCAGGAGACAUCAAGCCGACCUCCCGCGGCCUGGCUCCAGACGUCAAGGCAGCCCGCACUCUGUCUCCGCUGACCAUCCUCAAGUUGGAGGAGGAUGCGACCAAGCGACGGUCUGGCAUGUCGAUGCAGACGGGGCCUGUCGUCUCCCUCCCUCCUCCUCCGCGGCGGGACUCUAGCGGCGCAAAGCCGGCCGCUCCUGUGCCCAUGCUCAAGAUUGGAGACGAGACGCCUACCUCGAUGUCUGAACCGCUGGUCGACGAGAUCGCUUCCUGCCUACGUGAAUGGCACUCAACAAAUAUCCAUGGACUGCUCCUAGGGAGACAGUACGCUACGUUGGAGAGUAUGUCCAACAUUGUCCUCGAACUCGACCUCGCUCGACGGCAGCUCCUACACAACGUCCUGACCGCCCAGGAAAGGAAAUCGCUACGCGAGGAAACCGUCUGGAAUCUGGUUCGAGGGAACAAGAUGCUGAGCGGGGAUGUCAUCGUCCGCGAUCCUGCUCAGCGUGGCCGCCUGCUGACCGGAGAGGACUCGGCCAUUGAGCUGACCAAACUGCAGUCUGAAAUGAGCAUGCUUGACGGCAAGAUAACACAUCCAUCAGAUACGGUCUCCCUUCAUCAUCUUCUCUUCGAGCUCGAUGCAGUCACCGGCACCAUCUCGAGUCCAAUUGUCCUCGCAGUCAGUCUGUGUUUACAAUCUCCAGCCGGUGACGUCAAACCACUAUCUGAGACCUAUGCAUUAGACGUUCCCUCCGCAGAGAGCUUCUCAUCCCUCGCAGUCAGUGGGAAACUAAAGACCCUCUUCACCGAGCUAAGUGCUGCUGAUAUUGGAGAAAUAUCAGGCGCAGAUUCAAAGCUCUUCCUCGUUGUCAAGGUCCUCAGCUGGGAUGCGCCUCGAACGGUGCCUGUCCUCACGAAAUCCCACUCCUCCUCCGGGACCAACACUAACAAAGCGGGAGCCCAGUUUAGCACCGCAGGCAAGGGCAGCUUACGGGGUAGAAGGAGUAUGAUGUGGGGGCCCAAGGGUACCAAAGGUGGACAGCCCGUAGAUCCGACUGCAAAGGAGGCUGCUACCAACGCUCCACCUCAAUCGGGUGACGGGGCAGAUAAGGAGAAACAGACCGCGGUUCCUCCCAAGAAGAAAGACCCUGUCUGUCGUAUGGUCGGCGUAGGAGCAAUUGAAGUCGGCCCGUUAGUCAAGGCCGGCAAGGUCACAGAGCAGGCGUUCACCAUCUGGUCACCGCUAGGUGAGGAUGAAGAAGAGGAGGCAGUCACAGACGGUUUCCAUGAGAUCAUCCGUAGUCUUAUUUACAGUCCAACCGGACGCUAUACCCGGUCAUACCAGGCUGCACGGCUACACACUCACCUGUAUCCCUUUACCAGCACAGAUGCAGACGCCCUCGUCAAGAAGAACCCUACCCUCCUCCACAGCGUUACUCAGACCAGAAGGAUAGGCUUCCCUGGGGCGCCAACGAAGCCAAGGUCAGAUAUCUACGUUACCCUCUCACGAGCGAACAUCUCACGAGAUGCUCUCCUCUCGCACCCAGUCCACGGCCAGGUGCCUGUGCCACAAUCGACUGGCCUCCGAAACAUACAAUUAACCCUCGAAGUCCGUAACGCUGCUGGAGCUAGAGUGGAAAAGUGCAUCUGUCCCUCAUCCAAUGCUACUCCCGUCAUUGCCUGGAGAACAACCGUCACCGAGAGGCUUUCCGCCUGGAAUCAGACUAUCCGCCUGAGCAUCCCAGCCGACCAGGUACCCGGAUCCCACCUGAUUAUGAGCAUAGCAGAUGCCCCAGAGUUCCCGUUUGCACUGAGCUGGAUGCCUCUCUGGGACCAACAAGCGUUUAUCCGCGACGGACCUCAUUCCCUUUUACUCCAUGCGUAUGACAAGUCCACCUCAAGCAUUGAGAACGGAAAAGGAGCCUACUUAUCCCUACCCUGGAGUGCUCUUGGGAAGAAUGAAUCGACCAAGGACGAAGCUGUGACUGGACCUAUGGCAACCUUGGUCGUAGAGACCGACCUCUGCAGCACCGAAUAUUCACAGGACCAAGUCAUGCUCGGACUUCUCAAUUGGAAGGAGAAGCCUGCCUCCGAGCUUUUGGAGCUACUUCGGAGGCUCGUCUUCGUCCCAGAGAUCGAGAUAGUCAAGCAAUUAAGCAAUGUUUUCGAUGCAUUGUUUGGUAUAAUCGUCGAGCACUCCGGACAUGACGAGUUCGAGGACCUGGUGUUCACUGAUAUCGUCACUGUACUCGGUAUUCUACAUGACCGUCGCUUUAACCUUGGACCACUGGUUGAUCAAUAUGCCAAAGAACAGUUCAACUUCCCAUUUGCUACUCCAUGCCUGAUAAGAAGUUACUGCCGUCUACUUCAGGCGACACCCGACUCUCAACAGUCCCGCAAUCUCCGUGCUGCAUUCAAGGUUGGAAGGCAUAUUCUAAAGUUCAUAAUCAAUGCUCGAGAACAGCAAAAGGCAAAGGAAGAAGGAAUCGGUAUCACAAACAUCCAAUCAACCUUCAACCGUGACUUAACCUUCAUCUUCAAAUCUGUGGAAGCAUUGAUGCAAAAUCCCGCACCGAUACUCGUUGGAAGCAAGACUCUCGUUGUCCAGCAUUUCCAUACCUGGCUGCCUGAGCUAUCUAGUGCGCUUACCAAGGAAGAAAUUAUCGACAUUGCCUUGAGCUUUAUGGAUUCGUGCAAGGGCGUCAAAGGCAUGCUUAUUCUCUAUAAACUUGUUCUAAUCCAGAACUACUUCCAGCUCUCACCAUUUGCCGAGCAAAAGGAGAGGAGAAUGCUUUAUGCGCGAUGUGCCGAGUGGCUUGACCCUUACUGGGGAGCCGUGUCAGAAGUUACAGACCAAUACAGAGACCAGGUCCGACUAUGCUCGUCUAUCGUUGCAGAGCAGCUUAAGAACCCAGAACCAGAGCUUUUCGAGUACAUGCCCAAGGUCAUGGCGUCAUACUGUGCCAUUGCAGCAGACGGUGUCGAAGAAUCAAACUGGCUUUCACUCCUAUUCAGCAAGUCAUUCCCAUUCCAGCUGAAGCAGUCAAAGACGAACCAGAAAUUCGAUGAAGCCCUUCUCGAGCUUUCUGCUCUCACGGCUGCAUUAUCCGCUAUACCCGACCCGGUGGAGUUGAUUAUGGAACCAGAUGAGAUGGCUAUUUUCUUAACCCGUGCAUUCACCACUCACAUUUCAAUUCUUGACUGUGUUCCCUACCCUGCAACUUGGUUAAGUUUGCGUAUUUAUCAUCAUCGCUCUGUGGUGAAAAGCUUGGAACAUUGGUCUGCAAUGCUUAUCAAAUCGUUCCUCCCGCCCGUCGAAGAGGCUGACACGUUUGACAUGGAGUUAUGGAGACUUUUCUUCGCUACCAUAUUAAAGUUGGUAUCAAGUGACGCUCUUGCUUUGGAAACCUUCCCUGAGCAAAAACGACGUGCUGUGUGGAAAAUCGCUGGCGAUGUCCGUGAACAUGGCGCUGAGCUUUUGCGUACGACUUGGAAGGCCAUUGGCUGGGAGACUACUCCUGAAGAACGUGACCGGUUUGGCUUGGAUAGAUUAGGAGGAUAUCAAGUCCAAUAUGUUCCUAGCCUUGUGCCUCCGAUUAUUGAACUUUGCCUGAGCGUCCAUGAGGGACCUCGACGGGUUGCUGUUGAAAUAUUGCAGACUAUGCUUGUUAGCGAGUGGCAAUUGAAUGAGGACUUAGCUAUGAUCGAAGCUGAGAUAAUAUCCAGUUUGGACGAGACGUUUAAGACAAGGAACUUCUCUGAAAGCAUCACCCAGAAGCUGUUCAUGACUGAGUUGAUGGAACUCUUUGACUCGAAAUCCGAGACUCUUGACUCUGAACUUAUGGUAGCAUUGAAGGAACUGGUAGCUACUGUCGACGAACUACUUGACCUCCUGGCCGCAGCGCACUCCGGUAAUAUUUCGGAAAGUUUGAAUACACUGAAGCUAAUGGAGUUCAUGAAAGAUAUGGACAAGGAGGACAUCUUCAUUCGCUAUGUGCAUGAGCUUGCUAAGGGACAAGUCGCUGCCCGGAAUUUCACCGAAGCUGGUCUUGCACUUCAAUUCCAUGCAGACCUCUACCAUUGGGAUUCCUCACAGCUUCUUCCAGCCCUUACAAUCCCCGAAUUCCCAGAACAAAGUUCCUUUGAUCGAAAGGAGGCUUUGUAUUUCCAAAUCAUUCAGCAUUUCGAAGACGGGAAGGCUUGGUCACAUGCUCUUGCAUGUUAUAGGGAGCUUGCAGACCAAUAUGAGCAUACCACUCUGGACUUUGCCAAACUUUCAAGGACGCAGACCUCUAUGGCUAGGAUUUAUGACUCCAUUGUCAGAGAUGAUAUUCAGGUCGCGAGAUACUUCCGUGUCACUUUCAAGGGUCUUGGGUUCCCGGCUACUAUAAGGGACAAGCAAUAUAUUUUCGAAGGACACCCAACAGACCGAUUGGCUAGCUUUACAGACAGAUUGCAGAAGGAAUACCCUGCCGCUCAGCUUAUUACGUCUGGGGAAAUUGAAGAUUUGGAGGGCCAGUUCCUUCGGGUAUCCGCCGUUAGCAUUCAUCGGGACAUGAACCAUCCAGUUUAUCAACGAACUAAGGUUCCACAGUCUGUUAGAGACCACCUCUUGACCUCGAUACCUGCACAAUUCUCAGUUACGUCUAAGAAACACCUGAGUGGCAACAAUGUCAAGAGACAGUGGGUUGAGAAGAAUAUCUACACCGUCGCCGAACCAUUCCCCAAUAUUCUUAGGCGUAGUGAGAUAGUUGCAACUGACGAGGUUGCUCUGACCCCCUUGCAGACUGCUAUUGAAAGGACAUGGCGCAAGACCCAGGAACUUAUCAUUCUUGAAAGGAGAGCAACGUCGAACCCGGAUGCGAAUCUCACUGCAGUAGCCGAACUCAUUCGACAACUUGUUGAUGUUGAAGCCCAGCCGUCGACUUGUGCGGCGCUCUACCGCCAAUUCCUUCAAGAAGACUAUGACCCUGAUGUGCCAACUGAGAACGGUGAAGUAGAUGGGCCAGUACACCCAAACCACCCGCUCAGAAAUGCCCUUGCAGCCGCCCUGAUAGAGCAUGCAUUGGCGAUCAAGCGUUGUCUCAUGCUAUUCAACCUUCGACCGUCAUAUCAAUCCGACCAGAUGGAGCUAAUUCGCCAAUUUGAAUCUAUCUUCUCACAAGAGCUUGCAACCUUUAUACCCAUAGCUGGACAAUAUCAAGAUGAUGGCCUUCCGACCUUUGGUCGAUUUGAUCCUUUCGCAAAUAGCCAAGCAUCCCAAUUACAAGAUAUCCAAGGCGAAGGUCAACAGAAACCCGCGCUUUCGAGAUCGUUGUCCAAUGCAGUAUCCGAAGCUCCCAGCCGUCGAUUAAGCCUUAACCCGUUCAGACGUUCGCACCAUGGGCCUUCUAACUCAGUGACAACUAUAACGCGAGAGACAAUACGGUCCAACGGUAGCCUGAGGAAUCAAUCCAUCAGCGAGGGAAUGAAGCUCAACGGCACCACUAUGGUAAACGAACCACUCAGAGAAGGUACCUCGUCUAGCAACAAAACAGAUGCAAAUGAUAGAAAAGGCAGUCAUUCAACUCAAGGCAAGGCAGAAGGUGCUCCAAAACGCCGCAGCUGGUUCGGAAACGGCAGCACCACCAGUAGUAAUAACGGAAAUGCUACUGAAGCAAAGCCUAACGGUACAGCCACCCAGUCCACGGAAGAUAUCAAAACAACGCAACAGCGAAUCAUCGAAAGGGCAAAAGCAGCUCGCAAACAGAACGGAACGACUUACUCCACUAUUCCCCAGACCCGGCCGUCGACCAACGGCAGCAACCGAACAGGUAUAUCUGCGCGUUCAGGGGGUCCGCGGUCCCCAAUUAGCCCAAUAACAAACAAUUCAGCCGGAAGUAGCAACAUGAGUGCAUCGGCAGUGCGGGAGUCCGUCAUGAGACGACUCAGUCUCUUGAAGUCAGGUCGAAAAGCCAGCCGUGCCAAUUUCAGAGAAGGCGGCGCAAUGGGCGGAGCAGUGACGGAAGAAUAG